AUGGAGUUGAAUGUUAAACAAAGUGGAAUAGAAGAAAGAAUAUUAGUUUCUUCUUACUUCAAAACAAAAGCUGGACGUGUUUUCCGGAGGGCUCACGAAAGAUAUUUGAGAAAUGAUAUCUCCUGCGGGCACUGUAAAUGUGAUCAAUGUGCUUUGUUAGGUAAAAAUACUAUUGGAAAAGAAGGCACGUCGGCCAUCAAUUCAAACUGUCCGUUUGAACAUGCUAUUAUUGUCGAUUGUCAGACUUUCAUCCGCUUCUUUGAUUUGUUCGAUUCUGAGCUGCUAAAAAAUGUUAUAAUAACUCAAGGAGUAUGGGAGUUCGUACGAAACAAGUCAAUAGUUGCUUUCAAGAAGAUGAAUGCUUUGUGUUACGAAGAAGUAAAUGAACGAUUCUUCGUAUUCAUGAGUGAAUUUCAUCAUAAAACUUAUGUGCCUAAUGUUUCUGGAGUCUCAGAAGAACAAAGACUUGAAAAAAUGUUAAACAAGUCUGCAAGUUUUCUAUCGGAACAUUGGGGAAGCAAAUGUGUUCCGAUUGUCUUAUGUGCGGAUGAUGCCGUGGUCAGCAGAGUCGGAGUUGAAGGAGUUAAUGCCAUGACUAUUAAGCAUUAUGUAGAAGGUCUCGUGGAUGAAGGAAAGAAAGAACUUCUCAAUAAAAUGAUGGCGUACGAGAAAAAUAUAUCCUCCGGUGUUGACAUAUUCGAGGAGCAUUUAUCACAUGAUGAAAUAGUUUCUGGUUUCGCUAAUGGAACUAUUAAGAAAGGAAACUUCACGGUUUCUCGUGAAAAUUACAAGGAAGCCAAUGUCUUGGUUGAUCCCUCCACGAUGACUAGUUGGUUUGUUCAGGGUAUGAACUGUAACAGAGCUAUGAAUGGUGAUACUGUGGCCGUCAGGCUUUUACCGGAAGAUCAGUGGUCUGCUCCUGCUAAAAAAAUCGUACUACGUGAUGUCGAAGAAAUUAAUAUGAAUGCUGAUGAUGUAGACGAUGACGCUGCUAGUGAUUGUGAUGAACCUUCUGCUAAAAAGGUUAAGAAGAAUGUCAUUCCUACGGCGAAGGUUGUUGGUAUUGUUAAAAGAAAUUGGAGACCAUAUUGCGGUAUACUCCUUCCAAGUAUCAUUAAAGGACGAAGAAAACAUUUGUUCUGUCCUACCGAUCGUCUUCUACCCCGCAUAAGAAUUGAAACCGAACAGGCUGAUAUUUUGGCACACCAAAGAAUCGUUGUUCAAGUUGAUCAGUGGCCAAGAGAUAGCAAGUACCCACUUGGCCAUUACGUCAGAACUGUAGGUAAUCUUGGAGACAGAGAAACUGAAAAUGAGGUUUUAUUGUUGGAGCAUGAUAUUCCUCACGCUCCCUUCUCUGAGGAAGUUCUCGCAUGUCUCCCACAGGGUGAAUGGAUUCCAAACAUCAAAGCUCCUAGGGUUGAUUUGAGGGAUCUAACAGUUUGCUCGGUUGAUCCACCAGGAUGUACGGAUAUUGACGAUGCCUUACAUUGUCGUGCUCUGGACAAUGGGCUGUUCGAGGUCGGAGUUCAUAUUGCUGAUGUUACCAACUUUGUCAGACCUGGCACAGCUAUUGAUCAGGAAGCUGCCAAUCGCGGUACAACCGUGUACCUAUGCGAUAGAAGAAUAGAUAUGCUGCCCGAGCUAUUGAGUGGAAACCUUUGCUCUCUCAGAGGUGGAGUUGAACGAUAUGCAUUUUCUGUAAUUUGGACUAUGACAUCAGAAGCUGAAAUCGUUUCUGCUAAGUAUCAUAAAUCUUUGAUUCGCUCCAAAGCUGCCUUGACAUACAAAGAGGCUCAAGAACGUAUAGAUGAUUCCAGCAAGGAUGACGAUGUUACUUUGAGUUUAAGAGGACUGAUGAAGCUCUCUAAAGUGUUGAAAAACAAGCGAACGGCCAAUGGAGCUUUAACGCUGGCAUCAUCUGAAAUUCGAUUUGACAUGGAUUGGGAAACAAGAACACCAAAAGCUGUUCUUGAGAAAGAGGCUCUCGAUACGAAUAGCAUGGUGGAAGAGUUCAUGCUGUUAGCUAACAUUUCUGUUGCGGAGAAAAUAUUAGCCGAAUAUCCUGAUUGUGCUUUGUUGCGUCGACAUCCUGUUCCAACUAAAGACAGUUAUAAAACUGUUAUUGAAGCUGCAGCAAACCGUGGAUUCGACAUCAAAACUGACAGUGGAAAAGCUUUGGCAGACUCGUUGAACAGAGCUGUUGAUAGCAAAAAUCCUAUGCUCAAUAGGCUCUUGAGAAUGCUCACUACCAGAUGUAUGACACAAGCAGUGUAUUUCAGCGCUGGUACGAUCCCUGUUCCUCAGUAUCUUCAUUUCGGAUUGGCUUGUCCUAUAUAUACUCACUUCACCUCUCCAAUUAGAAGAUACGCCGAUGUGAUUGUUCAUAGGCUAUUAGCUGCUGCAAUAGGAGCAGAUGAUAUUGCAGCAGGCUUACUGCAGCAAAGCACAGUCAAGAAUGUUUCUGCCAAUAUCAAUUAUAGACAUAAACAAGCACAAUAUGCGGGUAGAGCUUCUGUCCAACUUAAUGUCUUGACAUUCUUCAAAGGAAGAGAGGAAGAAGCAGAAGGUUUUGUUAUGGGUAUUCGUUCAAAUGGAAUUCAGGUGUUCGUGCCCAAAUACGGAUUAGAGUCUAUAAUUGUGCUCCAAGAAGGAUUUGGUACUGUCAUAGAUUUGGACAACUCAUGCGUACGAGCUGGCAAUAAAGUUGUUCACGAACUCGAUAAAGUCGUUGUUAAAGUGUCAUUGGAUGAGAAAAAUGUGCAAAGGCCACGUAUCCAACUGAAACUUCUCCAGCCUCCUAUCGCUGGUUUAUCUGUUGAUUUCGAUUUAUCUUCAGAAAUUGGAGUAGCUAGUGACAAUCUUUGA